AUGCAUCGUUUGGCAGGGGAAGCAGAUUUCCUGCAGGUAUUUGAUGAUGCUGAUCACGAUGGCAAUGUCUAUUCAUUCCUCCCAAAUUGUAAACAGCCACUACAAGCGAUGGUUAUCGAUUUUGUCGAAAAGGAGAAGGCUGGUACAAUUAUUCCCUUGAAUAAUGUUAAUGAUCGUCUUGAAGCCAUUCUCGGAAUUUCAAAUAAAUCGGUCAAACGUUUGAAAGCAGAAAUGCGAGAGACCCUAGCUGUCGAAAAAGAAGCAUAG